AUGGGGCAGCUCCGGGCUGGGGCAGCGGCAGCCCCGGCACGGGAGGGGAGGCGGCUCCGCUGCGCCCGGCGGGACCCGGCGGCCGCCUCCGUCCCGCACCCACCUGCGGCCGGGCCGGGGACGGUGUCGGUGUCAAAGCCGGGGUCGGUGCCGGCGGCGGGGUCGGUGUCAGAUGCGGGGUCGGGCAUUACUUUUCCUAUAGAUGAUUAUCAAACAGCACAACUCCUGGUUUUAAUUUUGGAGCUGUUGAGUUUUUGUGUGACACAGCACAAGGAGCACAUGAGGGGUUACAUCCUCCACUGGGAUUUGCUAAGAGUCGUGCUCUUGAUCAAUUCCCAACACACAUUUCUGGCCUUGAGUGUUCUGCACUUCCUGAGGAAGAUCAUUGCCCUGAAGGAUGAGCUUUAUACCCAUUCCAUCACUCAGGGAAACCUCUUGGCACCCCUUUUGCAGGCUCUGCUGGACGAUGGAGCUACAUCCAACCUGCUCCACUGGGCUGUGCUGGAGCUCUUUGAACUCCUCAGACUGGAAGACUGUAAAUCCCUGGUUGCCCACAUCAUUGAGAACUUCUGUCCUGUACUGGAAUGCAUCACCUACGUGCAGGCAUUCCAGGGAUUGGAAAGAAAAUAUGAGAGAGACAAGCACCGGCAAAUGCAGAGUGUGCACAGGUAGGCCCCAGUCUCUGUGCUCGGAGCCUGGCAGGGACUGCCCUGUGGCAGGGCUGCCCCUUGGUUUUCUCUUUGCCAGAGGGCAUCAGGAGCAGGUGGCUGGCACUGGCCUUGGCUUUUC